AAUGUAGUUCGCUGCACUUGGAAAAUCCGUUCAUGAUUCAGUUCAUUAAUAAAUAAAUAGUUCGGUGUCAUGGCGGAAUCUGCAGCAUGUCCUGCCUUCCAGCUCGGGAGACCUCGAUACGAGCAGGGUUCAUUCCUCGGUCGACUGAGACACUUCGUGGACAUCAUCGACCCCAGCACCCUGUUUGUGUCCGAGAAACGAUUGAAAGAAUGCAUAAAACUACUUGAUGACUAUAAACAGGGCAAGCUUCCACCUGGAGUGUCUGAUCUUCAGCUGUGGGAAGCUCAGAAGAUCAAGCAGGCCAUCAUUCAUCCUGACACAGGAGAGAAGAUCUUCAUGCCAUUUCGAAUGUCAGGUUAUGUACCAUUCGGAACACCGAUUGUCAUUGGCCUUCUUCUCCCAAAUCAGACUGUGGUGUCUACCAUUAUAUGGCAGUGGCUGAACCAAAGUCAUAACGCCUGUGUGAACUAUGCCAACCGCAACGCCACAAAGCCAACACCAACAUCCAAGUUUCUUCAGGGCUAUGUAGGAGCUGUGACCAGCGCUGUUUCUAUUGCAGUGGGACUGAAUGUGCUGAUUCAGAAGGCCAACAAGCUGAGUCCUGCCACCAGAAUGAUAAUUCAGAGACUGGUCCCCUUCCCAGCUGUAGCCAGUGCAAACAUCUGUAACGUGGGCCUGAUGAGGCACAAUGAGCUCUCUGAAGGAAUCGAUGUGCUUGACAACAACGGGAAUGUGGUGGGAUCCUCCAAAAUUGCUGCAAGGCAUGCGAUCAUGGAGACCGCUUUCACACGUGUGGUCCUCCCGAUGCCGAUCUUUGUCCUGCCCCCAAUCAUCAUGUCCUACCUAGAGAGGCUGCGAUUCCUGCAGAGCAACCGCAGAUUGUUGCUGCCCAUCCACAGCCUCGUGUGCCUCGUUACCUUCGGCCUCUCGCUGCCCGUGGCCAUCAGCCUGUUCCCCCAGAUGUCUCAGAUUGAAGUGUCUUGCCUAGAGCCGGAAAUUGCCAUGGCAACAGAUUGCAAGGUGGUGACCUACAACAAGGGUUUAUGAUGGAUGGCAUGAUAAGGCAGCAGAGAGCAGAGGACAGGGCGGCGAGGAUGGAAAUGAGGCUGCGAUGUGUAAAGCUGUCAGGGAGAACCUGCAGCGGGGUUCCUCCUGCCGACAGGUUUGGGAGUCUUUCUGCUGCAGUAGAUCGCCAUGUACUAACACAGGGUUCCUAAAAAUUUUCUUUUUUUAUGGUUCUCAAGCAAUUACUGAGUCGAGAUAUGAAAAUUGGACAGAUUUUUUUUCUGUCCUGUCUGUUUUCUGUAUAU